AUGGCCUCAGAGACCGUUGUCCUUGUCAUUUUCAUCUUUACCUUCCUGAUCGGUGUCCCAUCCAACCUCCUGGCCUUCUACACGUUCCUGGUGAAACUGCGUCGCAAGCCAACCCCCAUAGACCUCCUCUUGUUCAACUUGACCCUUUCUGAUAUUCUCCUUCUGCUUUUUCUGCCCUUCAAGAUGGUGGAAGUCUCUUCCCACAUGAUCUGGCCUCUCCCCCCCUCCCUCUGCCCUCUCACCAGCUGCUGCUUCUACGGAAGCAUGUACCAAAGCAUCCUUUCCCUCAUGACAAUCAGUGUGGACCGCUACCUGGGUGUUGCAUAUCCCAUCAAAUACAAGUUGCAUCGCAGGCCUGUCUAUGCUCUAGUGGUCAUCAUUGUGCUCUGGUUGUUGGGUUUCUUCCAUUGCAGCAUUGUCUACAUUUUCAGGCAUGGAGGCUCCAAUGAGAGCCUUCCGUACUCAGCUAAUAGCUCCCGUUGCUUUGAGAAUUUCUCCCCUGAGCAGUUUCAUGUUAUUCUCGCUCUCCGUCUGGAGCUGUGCCUUGUCUUCUUCUGCCCCCCGUUCAUCAUCACCCUCUUCUGCUAUGUGAACAUUAUCCGCAUCCUGAGUUCCCUUUCCAAAGUCCAGGCUGCCAAGAAGCGACGGGCCAUGGGCCUGGCUGUGGCAACGUUGCUCAAUUUCACCAUCUGUUUCGCUCCGUACAACAUUUCCCACAUCGUGGGCUUCAUCCAGAAACGGAGUCCAUCGUGGAGAGUGGAAGGUUUCCUCCUCAGCACCCUCAAUACCUCCGUGGAUCCCUUCAUCUUCUUCUUCUCUUCCAAGGCCAUCCGACGGACCUUGAGGGACUGCUGGGGCAGCCUGUGCUGCAAGCUCCAGGCUGUGGUCCCCUGCUCUAAACAUCCUACAGAUGAUGGUGGAGGAGCAGACGCCAGCCGAUGCUCUGGUUCUCAUCUGCAGAGCGUGCAAGAAGGAGCUGAUAUCCCAACAGAAACCUUCUUGGACCAGUGUGCAAAGACUUGUACAGUCAAAGCUGAGGUCAGUCCAGAGCAUGCACAGUGCAGGGAGCAUUAG